GAGCACAUUAUAAUGUUACUUUUGGGAUGCAAUUUUUCAGCAUUCUGAAGUUUAAUCGUUAAAAUGAACUUUAGAUAAAGAGUGGAUCUGAAAACAUUUCGUUAUUUCUUCAUGAAAAAUAGUCAAAUGACUCAGUCGACUUUUGAAAAGUACAAAUAUGACUAUCACUUGUUUUUGAAAAUGUUGUACGGACUCAUAAGAAACGAAUUUCGUCGCUGCUGUCCACAAAAUGUCACACACCGGUGAGGUCACCGGUUUCGCGAGGUCUCAUUGGAGGAGGAUCAGACAGACGCGCCAAUAGUGAGACGUCACUCGGCCAAACGAGUGAAGAAGAAAAAAAUACCGAACGCGUUUUAUGACCUCCGUCGUUGUGCGUCUUCGUGUGACAGGAGAGCGACUCGUCCACCCUUCGCCGCGUUGAAAGGAUUUAUGAUCAAGAUGACGCGCCGCUUCUGUAAGUUAGUCGCCACGCGCCCAGUGGCCACGCUUGUCUUUCUCUGCGCAUUCGUGGACGCGGUGUCGCCUGUCACCCACUACUCCGUGCCCGAAGAAAUGGAGGAAGGUUCCGUCGUCGCACAUUUGGCGUCCGAUUUGGGCUUAGACGCGAGGACGCUGCACAAGCGGAAAAUGCGCAUCGACGUGGUCGCAAAUAAAAAAUAUCUUGAGAUCAACAAGGACACGGGGGAGCUGUUUAUUUUGGAGAGAGUAGAUAGGGAGGAGUUAUUGUGUCCUCUAAAAACGACCACGUCCUGUUUUCUGAAAUUGGACGCAGCGAUUGAAGAUCCAAUUCGCAUGUUUAACAUUGAAGUGGAAAUCACGGACAUUAAUGAUAACGCUCCUCAUUUUCGACGAGGCACCAUGCAUUUGGACAUAUCCGAGUCGAGCCCGGUUGGAGAGAGAUUCUCCCUGAAUAAUGCGGUGGACCCAGACGUCGGCGUCAAUUCGGUGCAGGACUACCACCUGAGCUCCAGCCAACAUUUUAACAUCGAAAUUCAGACGGGCAGAGACGGCUCCAAGUUCGCCGAUUUGAUUUUGACAAAGGUGCUGGACAGAGAGCAGCAGGCUGAGCAUCAUCUCAUCCUCACUGCUGUGGACGGUGGCGUGCCCACGCGCACGGGCACGGCCAGCAUCAUCGUUCGAGUCCUGGACGUCAAUGACAACGCCCCAUCAUUUGAACACGGCAAAUACUUUGUGGAAGUGAUGGAGAAUUCCCCGAUUGGCAGUCUGCUCAUUCAGUUGAACGCCACCGACUUCGACGAAGGCUCCAAUUCGGAUGUAUUUUAUUCUUACAGUUUGUACACGUCCGAGAGAACGCAAAAUGUGUUUAAUUUGAAUCGGGAAAAUGGGGAAAUCAGAGUGAAGGAGAUGAUUAAUUAUGAGGACUUAAAAAUGUUUGAAAUGGAAGUCAUUGCAAGUGAUAAGGGGCGAAAAUCGUUAUCUGGUCAAUGUAAAGUGACGAUACGGGUGACAGACAUGAAUGACAACCACCCCGAAAUAUCGAUAAAGUCUUUCCGAAGUCCGGUCAGUGAGAAUAUCGCCGUGGACACGGUGAUAGCAGUGGUCAGCGUGAGCGAUAAGGACUCGGGCGACAACGGACUGGUGGAUCUGCACAUUCCACCAGAUACGCCUUUCCGACUGAGGGAGUCCUCCGACGACUAUUACCAGUUAGUGGUUUCGGAGCCCUUGGACCGCGAGAAGGUUCCGGAAUACGACAUCACCUUCACGGUGACCGACAGAGGCUCGCCCCCGUUAAGCGACAACGAAACCGUGACCUUACAGCUGCUGGACGUGAACGACAACGUGCCGCACUUCCCUCGGUCCUUCUACAGCAUCCGCGUGCCGGAGAAUAACGCUCCCGGCGCCUUGCUCACGUCCCUCAGCGCCUUCGACCCCGACCUCCACGAGAACCAGUACCUGGUUUACUUCAUUGUGGAGAAGGAGAUCGCCAACACCUCCAUGUCCAUGCUGUUCUCCAUCAACCCGGAGAACGGCAACCUUUACGCGCUCAAGACCUUCGACUACGAGAUGGAGAAGGACUUUCUUUUCCACGUCGAGGCCAGAGACUCGGGUUCGCCUCCGCUCAGCAGCAACGCGAGCGUCCGCGUGGCGGUGGCCGAUCAGAACGACAACGCUCCGGUCAUCGUGUCUCCGUGGCGGGCGCACGGCUCGGCGGUGGAGGAGAAGAUCCCCAGAUCCACGGAUAAAGGCUCUCUGGUGGCCAAGGUGAUCGCCUUGGAUGUGGAUUCCGUGCACAACUCGCGCAUCACCUACCAGUUCCUGCAGGUGAGCGACGCCUCCUUGUUCAGUCUGGACCAGUACAACGGCGAGAUCCGCACCACCAGGAUGUUCAGUUACAAAGACUGGCGCCACCAGAGACUGGUGGUGGUCGCCAAGGACAACGGGGAGCCCGCUCUCUCCGCCACGGUCACCAUCAAGCUGUCCACGGUGGAAACGGCCGCCAAGGCCUACUCGGACGGCGGCGGGGCGCCCCCGGAAUACGACAUCUUCUCCGACCUCAACCUGUAUUUGCUCAUCGGUCUGGGCUCGGUGUCCUUCCUGCUGCUCAUCACCAUCUCGGUCACCGUCGUGCUCAAGUGUCAGAAGGUCGAGCCCGGCAAUAUGGCUCCUCCGUGCAGGAACAGCGUGAUCAGCGAGAGGAACUCCACCGUGGCGGAUUCCACUCUGGUGUCCAACGACGCCUACUGGUACAGUCUGUUUCUAGCCGAGACCAGGAAAGGAAAGCUGGUGGUCAGGCAGCCCGCGCCCAAGGGCUCCAGAUACUUCGUGUCCAGUAUUCCCAGGAGCGCGGCCGGGUCCGCCACCAGCGACUCCGCCCCUUCCACCUUGCAGUAUCCGAAAUGAGGGAAGUCCACUCUGCAGCUUGGAGGCGUCCACGACCCGCAGCACUCGAUCCACAUAAGGCCAGAACUCCCCCAGCUGCAUAUGGGACCAAUCCUGAUGGGAGAGCUCCGGAGGGAAAGCGGGAACGCUGAAUUGAGAUCACGCUCUCGCCCGGUUCCUCAUAAUCGAGACCCAAGUGAAUUUUGUGGUUGGUUGAGGAACUAACACCCCCUUCCUCUCGCUACAACCUCUUCUAUCUAUUCUUUAAGCACAUAAAAAGCCAAUCUAAGCCUUUUUCUUUUUAAAUCUUUUUUUUUUUUUUUUUUUUUUUUUUUUUCCCGUGUGCACGGUAUGACUGCAUGGCUUCAACCACUCUUCAUUCCCCAGAGAGAGGGAAAAAAAAAAAAAAAAAAAGUUACAAGAGAUGUUAUUUGCCAAGAAACAGACUGGAACAUGUGGAUAGUCAACGAAGCCAAAAGAAGGGGCCAACGGAAUGUUGGAAUCGCCUGCACGAGACUGUCUUGCCUCUUGAAAAGGAACCCUCGUUAUGUGGACAGUAUUUUACUUUUGUAUCAACUUUGUCUUUCUCAUUUUCUGCAUUCAUGAAAGUGGAAAUGACACAGUUUACUAGAUGUCUCAAAGCAACAACUUUUUUUUUAUUUUUAAAAAGGAUGGAAGCGGUGUUGGAUUUUAUAAACUGUGAUACGAAGUUUUGUAAACGACAUUGCGAGCGAGGCACAAUGUUCGCAAUGAUGAAUGAGUGGGCAGAACGAUUCGACUGACUGAUUUAUUUGGAUGACUUCAAAUAUUUGAGGUGAAAGUAAUAACCUGUUACCACACUUGCUGCCAAGUCCAAACUGCUUUGAAAUAAUGGCCAAAUAAUAAUAAUAAUAAUAAUAAAAAGUACAUUCAGCCCAUGUACAUUCCAAUGGUGAAAAGAGGCCACUUUACAUGAAAUGCCGUGUCUACUUUUUUACUUUAAAAUGAUCUCAUGUUAGCAACUGGGGUCGUUCUAGUUUGACGAACACAAAAAGGCGAGGCCUUUAGUCCACGUUCACCUGCUCUCACUUGUUUUGAAUGAAAUAACAAUAAUAGUUUGAGGUUGUGUACAGUUCAUUUUCGCUAUGAUCCACGUUUAUCGUCACAGAGCGAGAGAGUAGAAGUGCGCGGCAAACAGAAAAGAAGGGGAAGGGGACAAUUGUGUACAUGCGGUGUCACGCUUAUCCCUUCUUCUGUUCGACAACACUUGUGCGCUCGGAUGUAAAUGACUGAAGAUGGUACAGACUCUCAUUGUAGAUACCACAAAAUAUUUAUCAUAUUGUUUACUCCCCCUCAUUAAGAAGACAAACAGCGGAUGCCCCUUAAUAUCAACGUCAAUGUCACGUUGUGUAACAGUGUGCAAUAUGAGAUACAAAAUGUUCACAGCACUGGAAUGGUUUUAUUUUUGCGCGCAGGUGUAUCACUGACAACUUGAAGUGCAACACAACACGCGAGUACACACACGUGAAGGUACGACUGCAAAUUAGGACGCGCGUGUUCUCCGAACGCAGUCAUGAUGCUGAAGUUAUUCUUCCACUUUUGUGCUGAAUAUAAAUGUCGAUAUUCGAGACUGCAAUCAACGACGAGGACACGUUUGACUUUAAGGUGCCAUGAACUCCAAUUCGUAAAUAGAGUACUCAGAAGAAAAUACAGCCGACGAAACGCCUUUGAUCCUAAGUAUUUUAAUGCCGCUUCAAUAAUGCUGUCAUAACUUCUGUGCAGUGCCAAUACAACAUACAGUAAAUAUUCAAUCUAUCGUACAGUAAAAGCUUUAGCACAGCUCACAUUGCAUUACAUGUUUAAAGUUGUGAUGUUUUACAGGCAAAUGUAUAAAAUCAGUGCAUUUGUACAGUGGUGCUUUGACAGUGAAAUAUAUACUUGUGCGCGUGUGUGUAACGUCAUCUUGAAUAAAAACACAA